AUGAAGUUCAGCGCCAUCGUCGCCGUUUUUGCUGUUGCCUUCAUUGCUGUUGCUGGGGCUGCCCCCGUUAAGGACACCAAUGCCCGUCGUAUGGCUGCGGGUCUUACCCCUCUGCCCCCAGUUCGUCGGGGCAGUGACACUAAUGUAGCUGCUCGCCAGCGUCCGUCAUUCAUCCCAAGGGCCUUUCAAGACGCUUGA